AUGGGGUCUGAAGGUUCUCCAGCAGCAGUAACAUCAGUUUAUGUUACAGGUUUCAAGAAAUUCCAUGGAGUUUCAGAGAAUCCAACUGAGAAAAUUGUCAAUAAUUUAAUGGAGUAUUUGAAGAAGAAGGGUUUGCCAAAAGGGUUGGUUAUUGAGAGCUGCAACAUUCUUGAGACCGCGGGUCAAGGAGCAGUCGUUCCCCUCUACCAGAUAUUGCAGUCUUCCAUUACUCCCAAGGAGUCUGAAUCUCCAAGUUCCAACAGAAUUAUCUGGCUGCAUUUUGGGGUUAACAGUGGCGCAACAAGGUUUGCUAUAGAGCGUCAAGCUGUCAAUGAGGCUACCUUCCGCUGCCAUGAUGAAAUGGGAUGGAAGCCUCAGAAAGUGCCCAUUGUUCCUUCAGAUGGUCCGAUUACACAAACACGUGAGACUACUCUUCCUGUGGAGGAGUUCACCAAAGCCUUGGCAAGUAAGGGUUAUGAUGUAAUGACAUCUGAUGAUGCGGGCAGGUUCGUGUGCAACUAUGUUUACUAUCAUUCCCUUCGCUUUACGGAGCAGAACGGGUUGAAAUCCCUUUUUGUGCACGUACCACUCUUCUCUACAAUCGAUGAAGAGAUCCAAAUGCAAUUUGCUGCUUCCGUGCUAGAGGUAAUUGCUUCAACAUGCUAG